AUGAGAAUAAAUUCCGUGAAUGCUUCUACCCAGAGGGUGGUGAACCAGCUCUCGGCGCUCUCUGCGUCAAAAAAACAACCAAAAUUGUUGAACUUAUGUAAGGAAGAUUUGAUCAAACACAAGACCAUAACCAAUGCAUGGAACGUUUACCAGAGGAAGGUGAACGAAAAGAGACACAUUCAACUCAACGCACAAUAUAAAAGUAUCCACGAGGCAAUGGAAGAUUUGAAGCAAACCAGCCCACAGCUCUAUGCACUUGCAAACAAGCCAGAAAAGAAGAAGAAGUUCCCUCUUGAUAUGAGAAUGCCCACAGACUACCCACCAACCAAACCUUGGGUAUACAAUUACGAACCUAGUCAGAAAAGAAAGUAG